AUGCAAUUCAUUAAUUGUUUAAUACCACAUUGUCCUCCCAUUCUCCUCAGACUGAGUGGUUGUAACCUCUCAGAGAGAAGCUGUGAAGCUCUGUCCUCAGUUCUCAGCUCCCAGUCCUCCAGUCUCAGAGAACUGGACCUGAGUAACAACAACCUGCAGGAUUCAGGAGUGAAGCUUCUCUCUGCUGGACUGAAGAGUCCAAACUGCAACCUGGAAAUUCUCAGCUUAUCAGGCUGUUUGGUAUCAGAGGAAGGCUGUGCUUCUCUGGCCUCAGCUCUGACCUCCAACCCCUCCCAUCUGAAAGAGUUGGACCUGAGCUACAAUCAUCCAGGAGACUCAGGAGUGAAGCUGCUGUCGGCUGGACUGAAGGAUCCACACUGGAGACUGGAAGCUCUCAGACUGAGUGGCUGUAACCUCUCAGAGAGAAGCUGUGAAGCUCUGUCCUCAGUUCUCAGCUCCCAGUCCUCCAGUCUCAGAGAACUGGACCUGAGUAACAACAACCUGCAGGAUUCAGGAGUGAAGCUUCUCUCUGCUGGACUGAAGAAUCCAAACUGCAACCUGGAAACUCUCAGCUUAUCAGGCUGUUUGGUCUCAGAGGAAGGCUGUGCUUCUCUGGCCUCAGCUCUGACCUCCAACCCCUCCCAUCUGAAAGAGUUGGACCUGAGCUACAAUCAUCCAGGAGACUCAGGAGUGAAGCUGCUGUCGGCUGGACUGAAGGAUCCACACUGGAGACUGGAAGCUCUCAGGGUGGAGCCUGCUGGAGGCCGAUUCUUGACUCCAGGUCUGAGGAAAUAUUCCUGUCAACUCACCAUCGACACAAACACAGUGAACAGAAACCUCCAACUGUCUGAAGGCAACAGGAAGGUGACACGUGUGGAGGAGUUUCAGUCAUAUCCUGAUCAUUCAGACAGAUUUGAUUACUGGAAUCAGCUUCUGUGUAGAACUGGUCUGACUGGUCGCUGUUACUGGGAGGUUGAGUGGAGAGGAAAUGUUGAUAUAUCAGUGAGUUACAGAAGAAUCAGGAGGAAAGGAAACAGUAUAGACUGUUGGUUUGGAUAUAAUAAUCAUUCCUGGAGUCUGAGAUGCUCUGAUCGUGUUGGUUUCUCUGUCAUGCACAAUAACAUAAAAACUCGUCUCUCCUCCUCCUCUGUCUCUAACAGAGUAGCAGUGUAUGUGGACUGUCCUGCUGGCAUUCUGUCCUUCUACAGAGUCUCCUCUGACUCACUGAUCCUCCUCCACACCUUCAACACCACAUUCACUGAACCUCUGAUUCCUGGAUUUGGGUUCUGGUUCAGUUCUGGUUCUUCAGUGUUUCUGAGCUGAUUUGAGUCUAAAGAGUCUAAAGUUUUUCCUCCUGUCAGAGAAACUCUCUCACUGUUGAACAGAUAGUUCAGUCUCUACAAUCUAUUUCUUGGUGAAACGAUUCUGAUUGAGUCCUUGGAAACUUUUUCUUCUUCCAGUCCUUUAAAGAUGGAAGCUGGGAUUAUUCCAGGAUUAUUCCAGAAUCCAGAUUUUGAUUUUCUUUUUUGAUUUUCACCGCUAUGCGGUACUGAGUAGGAAACUUUAAAACAGUUUUAAUGUAACUUUCUCUAUGUCCUAACAUGAGAUAAUCUGAGAGAACAAAUGGACUUCCUCUGCCUCCUCUCUGUGUUCUGCUGAAUUACUCUACUGGGUCAGAACCAAACCAUCAGAACCAGAACAAUCAGCCAUGAGCUGCAAGUAUUGUUCAUGUUUUUGUCUAAAUUAGGUGAUUUUAUGGCUCCAUUUUGCCAGAUCACAUAGUAGCAUUUCUACCUAAAGCGAAACAUUAACAGCCAAUCCAGGUGAUCGAUAUCUGUGAUCGAUAUCUGUGAUCGGCAGUGAUCGGACCUCAUGGUGAUCAGAACCGGCAGGAAAAACCCUGAUGGAAGCGUCUCUACCCAGGAGUAAUAUGAGGUUUAGAGUUCAUUGAAAUCUUUUCCUUUUUGAAAGAAGCAACAUUUGGGGAACUUGUGAAUGAUUACAUUAUUGAUUAUUGAUUACAUUAUUGAUUAUUGAUUACAUUAUUGAUCAUACUUGGUUCUGCUUCAAAUAAUCACAUUAAACUGAAUUAUUCUAUUGUCAUUAUUGUUCUUACAUUUGGGAGAUUGAACAUUUCUGUUUUUAUUAAGUUUUUAAAGUAAAACUUUGAAAAGUUCAGAAAAUAAAAUCAAUCUACUGAACAUUCAGAUUUUAUGAGGAUCUAUUUGAAAUGUUUGUUACAAAGUUGAUACUGCAUUAAUUUUUAUGUGAAUUAAAUUGGUGAGUUUGAUUUGUGUUUAUUGUAAUGUACUGUUACUUGAUGAAAUAAUAUUUUUAUUUUUUAAAGGAUUUUGACCCGUUUACUGGCCGACAUUUAUUAUAUAAAUCAUUUGGUGCGACCAAUAAAUAAGUAAAUGUAUUGAAGCAGGAGAAAAUGGAAUAUCUAAUUUCUGGAGCAGAAAUAUUAAUCUCUAAUAAAGUAUCUUCAAGUGAA